CGCGCUUUCUCGACAUGUUUCGUCCUCAAAAUCGGACACGCUGAAUUAAACUUGUGUUAUCAAAUGGCGACUCCCGCUAUUCGCGUCUUCCGGAGGUUCGAGGGCUUGUUUUGCGUUUACAAACCCGCCGGUGUCCCAUGGAAGUUCGUGAGGGACAACAUCGAAACUAAGCUGCUCAAAGGUUUAGAUGCUUUGCCAUCGCCGCCUCUUCCAGAGCGGAUCCGGUUUUUGGCACCACCAGGCGGUGACACCUUGUCACCCAAGGGGCUGACAGUCGCCGGUGUCCCGGCCCUCUCUAAACACCCUUUGGUGAUUGGGCCUGAAUUCCAGCAUAUUCGAGUCGGUGUUGGACAUCGUUUGGACAGAUUUUCCUCCGGCGUAAUGGUUCUCGCUGUCGGGAAUGGAAACAAGGCUCUGAACGACCUCUACAACACCAAAGUCACAAGGGACUACACUGUGGAGGGCGCGUUCGGGACCGCUACAGAUGAUUUCUCCCACACGGGACGAGUUGUGGAACAGUCAACUUAUGAUCACAUCACGCUAGAUAAGCUGGAGAAAAUUCUGGCAAUGCUGCAGGGAGCAAAUCAAAAGGCUUUGUUAACGUACGCCAACGUGGACCUGCAGUCGCAGGAAGCCUACGAGAUGGCCGUGCGAGGUGCACUCGGCCCCGAGGGGAAGUCGCCGCCGAUUCUGACAGGUCUGAGGUGCAUCCGCUUCCAGCCUCCCAACUUCACUCUGGAGGUCCAGUGCAUGAACGAAACGCAGAAAUAUCUGCGCAAAGUGGUGCACGAGAUCGGACUGGAGCUGCGCAGCACGGCCGUUUGCAAGGGGGUCCGGCGCACCAGAGACGGCGCCUUCACGCUGCGGGACGCCCUCAUCCGCCACCAGUGGACGCCCGCCGAGGUCACGCGUGCUGUCCGACAGUACCACGCCGCGAAGAAAAAAAGACCGUCCGCUCAAACAGAGACCCAAACGGGUUGAGCCAAGGUUGGAAGGACACCCGACGGUCCCGAGAUUAGAAUCUUCGGCGUUGUUUGUCGCGUUGUCAACAUUUGCUUGUGACAAAAGCUUCCUUGUGAUGAAGGCGUCGCGUUUUUCAUACCUGCGAGAGAACGCUGGCGACUUGCCAGGCAGGGAGAGGAACAAGAAGCCGUUUGUUCUUGGGAGCGCUGGAACUUUAUUAAAAGGUCAACUGCCAUGCCUAUAAACAUUGUAAAAUAGAUAUUGUAAUGAAAAAUACAUAUAUUAUUCACUUCAAUGUCCAAACGAAAAAAUAAAUAUGAGCGGAGAACGCAUCAUCCAUGCGUAAAGUUGCGGAAGUCUCAUUCGACAUCCAAGUGGUCGCCAUGUUGCCUGCAAAGUCUGUCCAUUACGUCACACCGGGACAUUCGCCAUUGAAAACACGCUGUGCCACCUACUGUGGGACACGGAAACUCUUUUCAAAGAAGACAACAUCUCACAAUUGAGUUAAGUGACCGGGGCAAUAUUACACCUAUCGUUUCGAGCCAUAUUUAGAUGAUAUGCGGAUCACUUCUAACUCACAACAGACUCCCACACAGUAUGUGUGAGCCACCCUGGCCGAAGCUGUUCAUUGCGGACGAGGCACCGACGGGUACAUAGACACAUUUAGCACCCCUGACUUACAUACACGGAUCUCUUAUUACAUUCUGAGAGAAUUAUGCCCCCCCCCCCAAGAAAAAAAAAAAAUUAUUAUUACUACCUGUCAUUUGCAACCCAUGAAGCUCUCGUCCUUUGCACCCGUGCAACACUCCACAUCUGAUACACCUCUGCGCGGCGGCCAAACGGCCUCCCCGUCCAAUCCACCUCCGCGGCCCGCUCGGCGCCACGGACAAGGCAGAGCGCCGACGGGUACGUCGACACACUUAGCACCCUUGACUUGCGCGUGCGGAUCUUUUGUUACAUUCCGAGAGGAAAUAUAAAAAUAAAACUAUUGUUUUAUUUUUAGUAGCUGUAUAAAUCAUUUGGAACCCACGAAGCUCUUGUCCUUCGCACCCGCGCAAUCCAUUUUCCACGAUGAACCGGGUCUUUUGGGAAAACUAUGAAGAAUGAAUCCAUCCUCAGAGUGUUUGAACAAUAUCCAGCAAUACAACGAGCCGCCAUUUUGGCUAACACGAGGGAACAAAGAGCUACUUUCCUUCCAGCAGGUAAAACUAGUAGAAACACACGAGACCGCCUGAGUGGGGGUCUGCUACUAACGUCACUUCCUGCUUCUUCUCAAAAACAAAUCCCUCGGGAGGAUUUCAUAGCGGGAGUAACAAAAAGCCAUAUAUGCCAAAAUCAUGUUAUGUGGUGAAAAAAACUGCCCUUUUUUCCAUUUAAAAAAAAAAAAAACAUACUAAAAAUCAUGCAUUUCAUGACAGUGGACCUUUAAGCAGCAAAAGUAUACAACACUGAUUCAUAGUCAUUUGUCAUACAUAGUUUUACUCAAAGAAACGAUUAUGAUGAUGUUUGUAACAGUACUUGAGAUCAAUUGUGACCAUCUUUUCAUCAAAUCAUAUCAACCGUUCUGUACAAAAGCUCUUACGAGGCCCAUAAAACAUCUGGUCAUCUAUCACCACGUAUUUCGAGUUACAGUACAUGGAAUUUGCAGAUAUUGUAAUAAAAGUUGUGCAUGUGUACCUAAUGUUGUGACCAGAUGAGGUUUUGUUUUGUUUUGUUUAAGAAAUGAAUUCCUCCCCAGAUGCUCAGUUGAUAACGCAC